ACCUAAAGGCAACAUCAGGAAGUAAACAUUCCCCGGCUGUUCAGUUUAAUUCGGUGAAGAUAUUUUUCAUUCACAAAAAAAAAAAGUUCUAGUGAUUCCAAGAAAAUGAUUAGUUCUGAAAUACAGAGAUUUAUUUAAAUAAUGUGAAUGUAAGACCCCCUUAAGAAAAAGACAAAAAACAAAGGUGAGACAGGUGACAUGUUACUGUAAGAGUUUAUGUGUGUUUUCUGUGGGUAAAAUGCAUUGACUGUAUAAUGGCGUUGAGACAGCCAAGUUCAUCUUUUAGUGGACUAGUGUUUGUUCCAGGUUUUAUCAGAUGAAGUGACCUCGUAUGAGUAUCUGGCUGACAUGAUAAGGUGGCCGAAGUCCUCAGCCAGAAAAUUAAACUGAAGUAAGUCCUCAGCCAGUAAAUGAAACUGAAGUAAAAGUGUUAUCUCCGACGACACCUGAAGGCAGCAUAAAUUGUGACUUCAAUUCCACCACUGAGACCAUUAACACACCAGAACAGCUGUAGACAUGGUGCAGCUGUACUGCUGGGGAGAUGGCUCCAGCGGACAGUUUGGUCCUCAGACGGCCCUCAGUCCGGUUUCCUGGACUGUCCCGGGGGUCAUCACAGACAUCUGCUGCGGGGACCGGCACACUUUAUUCCUCACAAAGGAUGGAGGUGUUUUAUCAAGUGGACACAACUCUCAGGGACGAAAAGAAGACAAAGAUGGAAGGACACCAGGUUGUGUGGAGGGGCUGAGGGGUGUGGUGUCGAUGGCCUGUGGACAGGAUCACUCUCUGGCUCUGUGUGCAUCUGGACAUGUGUUCUCCUGGGGAGCAAAGGAGGAUGGACAAACCAACAGUCACAGACCAAGUCGUGUGCCCAUGCCAAUGCCAGUACCAGUGAUUCAAGUCACUUGUGGAAAUGUUCACUCUCUGGCUCUGACUCAAGGCGGAGAAGUUUUCACGUGGGGCAGCAACAGCCACGGUCAGCUGGGUCUAGGGAAGGAUGUGUCAGUGCAAUGCACACCUGUCCAUGUAACAGCUCUGACUGGCGUAGCGGUGACACAGAUUUCCGCUGGAGCGACUCACACUUUCUUCCUCACACUGCCCGGCCUGGUGUACUGCUGUGGGGCCAACAAAUCAGGCCAGCUGGGGCUCAACAGGGUGGAUGAGAAAGGCGAGUUCAACAUCUGUGUGGUACCUGCCCUCAGACCUCUGGACAUCUCAUCUAUCAGCUGUGGAGAGGCACACUCUGCUGUGUUAACAAAGGAUGGUAAAGUUUUCACUUUUGGAGAAGGCGGCCACGGUCAGCUCGGUCACAACUCCACUGAGAACGAAAUGAAUCCCAGACUAGUUGAAGGUCUGGAGGGACCCACUGCACAGAUUUCCUGUGGCAGACGUCACACUCUGGUGUUGGGCUCCUCUGGCCAGCUGUGGGCUUUUGGCAAUGGGGUCAAAGGUCAAAUUGGAAGUGGAUGCACAGAGGACAGUCUUACUCCCACUGAGGUGAAACUUCCAUGGAUGAGUGACAAGGAAGCAGUCGCACCCAAAGACCUGAAAAUAUCUGCUGGUUGGAACACAAACUUUGCUUUCUCCUCACCUGCACAGAGCUUGAACCGAAAACAGAUAACAGGACGGCUUGAAGAGACAAAACUGCAACAUUGGUUGUCUCUGAAAAAGGGCAACACAGUGGCAAAGAGAGAAAUGGGUGGGAUGUUUUCGACAUGUUCCAGUCUUGUUGCAAGUUUCACUAAGACAAAUUGGUCUCCAACAGAAGCAGGUGCUUUGACUGUGGACCUCGAGGCAGCUAGCAAAGUUUUGGACCAGCUCCUGGCAGUACCAUGGAUCAGAAGAACAGUGAACCUUAAGGUCCUGGUGGACUCGCUGAUGGCUUCCAAAGAUGACAUCAAAUCACCAGAGAUCUUUUUGCUGCUGCUGACGUGUCCCCUUCUCCUAGAGGACUCUCAUGUCAUUAGUACAGUGGUGCCUUUGUCCAACAUCAUCGCAGAUCUGAGUGAGAAGAAACCCGAAACACUAAAGAGCUGGUGGUCUUCCCUGACACCAGCCAUACUAACCAGGCACAUCUUGGUGUUCAAAAACGCCCUGGUCUUCAUGCUAAAAGAGGGCCUCUUGGCAACUCACAAUGAAGUCAGACUUGUGUUAGAAGUUCUCAAACUGCUCUACAAGGCAAACAAAGCUGGAAAGUCUUACAGGGUCCCACUGAGCACCUUUUACCUGGAGGGAAUCAGUAAUAAGGUGCUGCUUAACCUCGUAACUUAUUGGGACAAACUUUUAAAUGAAGAGCAUGAUGAACAGACCCCCAGCAAUAAGGAAGCAGCAGCAAUUUUCUUUUGCUGUCCGUUUUUGUUCACUCUGGUUGACAAGGUGAAGGUCUUUAACAUCUAUGCAAACAGGAUAAAGAUAAGGCAAAAAGUUAUAUAUCAAAAGGCUCUGAUGGAGUAUGUAGAGUUGUACGGACUUUCAGAGCUUGCACCAGUCCCGUACUUCCAGCUGACUCUGAGACGUACUCACCUGGUGGAGGACACCUUCAGACACCUCGAUGCAGCCGACCACUGUGCCUUCCAGAGGGAGCUUUUGGUGCUGUUUACGGAUAACAGGAAGUUGAUGAAUGUCAACAGAAGCGACCUCUUCUUGCUCCUGGUUAAAAAGCUGACCGCUCCUGAAUCUGACAUGUUCAUGCACAACGAGAACAUGUGCUGGUUCCCUUCCAAGCCAAAGGUGGAGAAGCAGAAUUACUUCUUCUUUGGUGUUCUGUGUGGAAUGGCUCUCUACAACAACAUCAUCAUCCACCUGCGCUUCCCACUUGUUCUCUUCAAGAAGUUGCUUCGUGUCAAACCCUCGCUGGAUGACUUGAAGGAGUUCGACCCCGUGAUGGGAGAGUCUCUGCGGUGCAUUCUAGAGGACUACACACCUGAUGAGGUGGACGACCUGAUGUACACUUUCACUGCGCCCUGGGAUGGUGAGGAAGUUGAGCUUGAUCCAACAGAACCUGGAAAACCUGUCACAGCAACAAACAAAAAACAGUUUGUGAACGCUUUUGUGGACCAUGCCUUCAACAAAUCAGUGGAGGGAGUGUUUGAAGAGUUCCAGAGAGGGUUCUUUAAGGUGUGUGAGUACCACGGGGUGGGCCUCUUCCAGCCAGAGGAACUGCAGGCUGUGAUGGUGGGCCAAGAAAACUACGACUGGGAUGUGCUCAAGCAGGACACGGUGUAUGAAGGAGGCUACCAUGCUGGGCAUCCAAACAUCAUUGCCUUCUGGAACGUGUUUGAGAAACUGUCAGAUGAGGAAAAGAAAAAACUCCUCUUGUUCGUCACAGGCAGCGACCGUGUGCCUUUCCAGGGUAUGGAGAGCAUCAGGAUGAGAGUUACUGUCCUUCCAAAUGCCAACGAGAUCCAUCAGCCAGAGUCCCUCACCUGCCACAAUCUGCUACAACUGCCCCUCUAUAAGAAGCGCACAGUCCAGGAGACGAUGCAGAAGAAGCUCAUUCAAGCUAUCUAUCACAACAGAGGCUUCAGGAAAGAAGACCCCACAGAAUAAUGUCACCACGGCUUCUUUAAAAAGAUAGCGAUCAUUUUUCAGUUAGUUCUUGUGUUCUUAUGUCUUAAACCUGCCUACUGUAACUUUAUUUUAGUUUUUAAUGCUAUAUAAUCAUAUGAUAAAUUAAGUUAUUACAUUAAAAAAGAAACUUAAGACAAGCGGAUGAACAGCCUGUACGUUUAGCUUUCUCUUAUUUCAUCUCAGUUUUUUAAUGUUCAAUGUUUUGCAAAUCACCCAUGUUAAACAUGUAAGUCUUGGUUAUUAAACUCUUUUAAAGCUUUCUGUUUAAUGUUUAGUUGAUGAAGCAGUAAAGACGAGGUAUGAA